AUGUCGUUAUUCACACCUGCCGGAGGACUUUUGAACACUCAUGUUCAAUGGGACGACCUCCAGGAAAGCGUUCUCGAGGCAUUCGGGCCAGACGCGAUAUUCGGACCGAACAAGGACGUCAAAGAUGUCGGAUGUGGCAAUGGCUUCAUGUCAAGAAUAUGCUUGGUGUCGCCCGACUGGAAGACGGAAAUGGAAGGAGUGCCAGAUAAAUUCAUUGUGAAGAUAUCGUCGCAGUUACCAUUGCUUGAAUGCCAAGGACUCGACGAAACUGGUCACUUCACGAGUGAGGGAUUUGCCAAGAAGUUCGAGGAAGACGUGAAAAUGCUUCACAACCACGAAGCGUACUUGUACGAGCUACUGAAAAAGUACGAUAGAACGGACAUACCUACAGCAAAGGUCUACUUCACUCGGCAGUACACAGAUGAGAGUCCUUUGAAAGGCUAUAUAAUUAUGGAAUACAUUGACGAUGGUGUUCCAUAUCAUAUAUUUGACAACCUGAAACCAGAAUCCAUGCUACAAGUUGAGAUAGGCUCUUUCUCUAGCUUAUUCACCCUUCACACUGCUAGGCUAAUUUGA